AUGUUCGUCUUGUUGUUAUUUGCUCUCGCGUGGCCCGCGUCCUCAUCUGAGCCGCUUCUGAGGACCUGUGAACCUAUACGCGUCGACAUGUGUCUCAUGUGGUACAAUAUGACCAGCAUGCCCAACCUUGGAGGCAACGAUAUCCAGCAAGAAGCCGACUUGCAACUGAAAUCAUUUUCCCCAUUGAUCCAAUACGGCUGUUCCCAAAACUUGAAGCUGUUUCUAUGCUCUGUGUACGUGCCGAUGUGCACGGAGAAAGUAUCAAACCCGAUAGGGCCUUGUAGAGGUCUUUGCGAAGGUGUCAGAUCGCGAUGUUAUCCAGUUUUGCAAGGGUUCGGGUUUCCCUGGCCUGACGCGUUAAAUUGUUCGAGAUUCCCUGUGACAAACAACCAUGAACAUAUGUGCAUAGAAGGGCCUAAAGAUGAGAUCGAUAUCAGGGCACCAGUUGAUCCAGCGGUGCAAAAGUUUGAUUGUGGGCCGAAUAAUCGAAAAGGCUGUGGACCGGCUUGUGAUUCUGAUCUCAUGUUCGAUGAGUCUGAGAAGAAGUUCGCAGAGGUAAGAUUGUUUUUUAUUGUUUUUGGCGGGGUUCAGUGA